AUGAGACAGAAUCUCCAAGUUACUUUACCGAAUGCUAUUACCAUUGGUGCGUUUGUAGUGAACGUUUAUCCCUUGAAGGAGUUUCUUAUAAACAAACGCACUGAAUGUGCUAAAUCAUUGCUCAUUAUGCUCACGGAAAAAAUACGAAAGGAAAUUGAUAAUAUCCUAGACGAAUAUAGGCAGAUAAGAUACAAAUUGAAAGAAGUGCCACAAAGUAUCGAGCACAUAUUCGAAAUACGGGAUUGGAUGGAAACUAUACCACUUCGAGUACAGGAUCUCGAAGAAAAGAUGGACAAAUUAAAAAUAGAUUACGAUAUUCUCGAUAGUUUUCUUUGGAAUAUAUCCGAUGAUGAUUUUCAAGCGAAAUGGGAAGUGAUUGGAUCGCCAUUUCAAAUUGAGAAAGAGAUUCAGGAGACGAAUGAACGAUUUGUGGAAGAGCAAGAAAAAUUCCAUAAAAUCCAAAUACAGGAUGAGAUCUUGCUGCUGGAAAAAAUAGACACUUUGGUAGGCAAUGUGGCAAACAUUGCUCUUCAAACGGAUGUUACCCGUAUCCACGAGAUAGCUCUAGAUGUAAAACGGAUAUGGAAGGUUAUGCUUGAUUGUCGAGAAAAUGGUUUAUUGCUCAACGAACGACAAAAGUUAUUUGGCCUAAAAGUAGUGCCUUUUGAACACCUAAAUAAGCUUAUAAAGGAAUUCGAACCUUACAAAAACUUAUGGAUCACGGCUUCGGAUUGGCUCAAAUGGCACGACAUAUGGAUGGAUAAUCCUUUAAUGAACAUUGACGGCCUUCAAAUUGAAAGUCUUGUUGUCGAUAUGUAUCGGCAAAUAACACGAGCAAUUAGAACAUUCCAUGAAUUUCCAAAGGUGCAGGCAGUUGCAACUAUGAUAAGGGAUGAAAUAGAUGAAUUCAAACCGUUAAUACCUCUGAUACAAGCUCUCCGAGAGCCAGGAAUGAAGGAUCGCCAUUUCGAGCAAUUGAGCGCGCAAACUGGAAUAUUAAUGGCUCUUAAACCCACCGUAACAUUUAAAAGUUUGUUAAUUCUCGGUAUUAAAGAGUUUGAGGAAUUGGUGAAAACGGUCGCCGAUACUGCGGCCAAAGAAUAUGCUACAGAACGAACAUUGAAUAAAAUGAUCGAAGAAUGGGAAAUGGUUAUUUUUGAGACUCUUCCAUACAAAACUACCGGAACGUAUAUAAUAAAAGUCUCGGAGGAAACGUUGAUGAUGCUGGAUCAUCAUAUUCUUAACGUGCAACAGCUUGCAUACAGUCCAUUGAAGACCGCCUUCGAGGACGAGAUCAAUGAAUGGGAGAGAAAAUUAAAUUUGACACAAAAAGUUCUUCAUCUAUGGAUAGAAGUACAAAGAGAAUGGAUGUAUCUGGAACCAAUAUUUACUUCGGAAGAUAUUAAAGUUCAAUUACCCUUGGAAACAAGGAAAUACAACGCCAUGGAACGAAACUGGAGACGGAUCAUGAAAAAUGCUUUUGAAAAUCCUUACAUUAUCAAAAUAUGUCCUGAUGAAAGUCUCCUUGAAAGUCUUCAAGAAUGUUCAAGUCUCUUGGAAGUAGUACAAAAAGGUUUAUCCAAUUAUCUGGAAAUAAAACGAAAGAUUUUCCCCCGAUUCUAUUUCCUCAGCGACGAUGAAUUAUUGGAGAUCUUGUCGCAUGCAAAGAUCGUACAAACGGUACAGCCACAUCUCAGAAAGUGUUUCGAGAAUAUAUACAGAGUAAGAUUCGAAGAAGAUCUGCAAAUUACUCGAAUGUACUCUGCGGAAGGUGAAGAGGUGAUAUUUGAUCCACCCAUGUAUCCGGAGAGAAGUGUUGAGUUUUGGCUGGGUGAUCUCGAAAGAGUAAUGCGUAAUACCAUUAGAGAGAUCAUUCGCAAAGCAUUAAAAAUCAUCCAUGAAACUCCAAGGAAAGUAUGGGUAUAUAUGUGGCCGGGACAAGUGACACUUUGUUGCGGCCAAACUUAUUGGGCUGCACAAGUGGAGAAUGCGAUCAAUAAGAAGAAACUUGAAGAUUAUUAUCAGGUGCUACUGGGAAAUUUAGAUGAUUUACGUGAAUUGGUACGAAAUCCUCAAACCGAAAUCCAGAGACUAAUGCUGGAAGCAGUAAUAACGAUUGAAGUACACGCGCGAGAUGUUCUGUAUAAAUUAGUAAAAGACAAAGUGACUAACGUAAACGAUUUCAAUUGGAUCUCACAGCUCCGCUAUUAUUGGGUAGAUGAUUUAGAUUUAAAGAUUCGUGCUGUAAAUGCGGAAUUCCAAUAUGGAUACGAGUAUUUAGGAAAUACUGGAAGACUAGUCAUUACUCCUCUAACUGAUCGAUGUUACUUAACCUUAACUGGGGCAUUGCACUUGAAGUUCGGUGGUGCACCGGCAGGCCCUGCUGGGACUGGCAAAACGGAAACGACAAAAGAUCUUGCUAAAGCAUUUGCCAUACAAUGUGUAGUAUUCAAUUGUUCCGAUCAAUUAGAUUUCAUGUCAAUGGGAAAAUUCUUCAAAGGUCUUUCAAGUGCAGGUGCAUGGGCGUGCUUUGAUGAAUUUAAUAGGAUAGACAUUGAAGUAUUGUCCGUCAUUGCCCAGCAAAUUAUGACAAUCCAGCAAGCGCAACAAAUGCGGGUUGAUAAAUUUAUCUUCGAAGGAGAAGAAAUUGUUUUGAAGCCAUCUUGUGCAGUUUUCAUUACUAUGAAUCCUGGUUAUGCGGGACGAACGGAAUUACCAGACAAUUUGAAAGCUCUAUUCCGUCCAGUCGCUAUGAUGGUGCCAGAUUAUUCAUUGAUCGCUGAAAUUUCAUUAUUUUCUUAUGGUUUCUGCGAUGCAAAACCUUUGGCGGGAAAAAUAACAACAACAUUCAAAUUGAGCUCGGAGCAAUUAAGUACACAGGAUCAUUAUGACUUUGGAAUGCGAGCGGUAAAAACUGUUAUUGCUGUGGCGGGAAAUUUGAAAAGAGAACAUAAAGAGUUGAACGAACAACAGAUUUGUUUACGUGCUCUGAAAGAUGUAAACGUUCCAAAAUUUUUAAAAGAUGAUCUUAUAUUAUUCAACGGUAUCGUAUCCGAUCUAUUUCCUCUUUUAGAGGAGAAACCAGUGGAUUAUGGAAUUUUGGAAGCAGAAAUUCGGGCAACAAGUUUGAGAAUGGGUCUGGAAGAUGUUGACGAAUUUGUGAAAAAAGUUAUUCAAUUAUAUGAAACGACAGUGGUAAGACACGGAUUAAUGCUCGUUGGUCCAACUGCGUCCGGAAAGACAAAGUGUUAUCAAGUUCUGAGGGAUGCGUGCACGAAAUUAAAAGGACAGCUACAACCAAGUGCCAAACCGUUCGUUCCUGUUCUCACAUAUGUGCUAAAUCCAAAAUCGAUUACGAUGGGUCAGCUAUACGGGGAAUACGAUCUUAAUACACGCGAAUGGACUGAUGGAAUUUUUUCGACGUUACUUAGGACUGGAAUAGCUGCAACGGAUCAAAACAAGCGUUGGUACGUAUUCGAUGGACCUGUCGAUGCUCUGUGGAUCGAGAAUAUGAAUACUGUUCUAGACGAUAAUAAAAAACUUUGUUUGACAUCUGGUGAAAUAAUGAAAAUCCUGCCUACAAUGACAAUGAUGUUUGAAGUCGCUGAUUUAAGAGUGGCUUCACCAGCUACUGUUUCAAGAUGCGGCAUGGUAUAUAUGCAACCGGAAGAUUUGGGUCUUGAACCUUUAAUUAAUUGUUGGAUAAAACAAUUACCUAAAAACAUGAGUGCACAUAUCGAAAGAAUUAUAGAAUUGACGAAGCAAUUUUUAUUUCCGGGAUUGAAGAUUUUACGUAGUCGUUUACGGGAAAUCGAGACAACCGUUAAUUUUGGAAUGGUGCAAUCUUAUAUAAACUUGAUGAACUUUCGUAUUGGUCCCAUGGCUGGUCGAGAAGGAAAACCUCCACCAUCUGCCCAUUUCCAAGAACUAAUUCCACAAUCAAAAAAACAACGCAUCAUUCUAGCUCAAUUACUCUCACCUUGGGCAUCUUUCGCGAUAGUGUGGAGUCUUGGAGCGAGUUGCGAUUACAACAGUCGUUGUAUAUUCAAUGAUUGGAUAAGAAAUGUACAAAAGAAACAUAAACAUGAAUUACCAUUCCCUGAAGAAGGUUUAGUAUAUGAUUACAGAUUGCACGACGGUGGUUUCACGGAUAUAAUUGAUGGCCCAGAACCAAUUCCACCGAAAUGGUACAAAUGGUUGGACGACAUUCCUCCGAUGAUCAUUACACUUGACAUGAAAUUCGUAGACAUGGAAAUACCAACAAUGAAUAGCGUAAGAAACGCAGCCUUAGUAGGUUAUCUGUUGAUCAAUGAAUCGAAUCCUCUUUGCAUUGGGCCAACUGGAAGCGGGAAAACGUUGACAGUAAGCGCCAAACUUAUGAGGCAAAUGCACAAAAAGUACAUAUGUGACUUUAUUACUUUCUCUGCCAGAACUACCGCAAAUCAGACCCAGGAUUUAGUUGACGAAAAAUUGAUCAAAAGGCGUAGAAAUGUAUAUGGACCGCCAUUACUUCGAAAACAAGUAUUUUUCAUCGAUGAUUUGAAUAUGCCUGCACUUGAUACAUUUGGAGCUCAGCCUCCACUUGAAUUGGUCAGACAAUUCAUGGAUUUUAGUGGAUGGUACGACCGAAAGGAAAUCGGUUUAUUCAGGUGGAUCGAAGACGUAAAUUUUAUCGCUGCGAUGGGACCGCCUGGUGGCGGUAGAAAUCCAGUAACUCCCAGAUUGUUGCGACAUUUCCAUUUCAUUGCAUUCCCGGAAAUGGAGGAAGAUGAUAAGAGACACAUUUUCGGGACGAUUCUGAAAGCCUGGUUGUCACUCACUCAUUUUAAACACAUGCUGGAUGUUUUUUUAACCACAACAUUGAAUUUGUAUACAAUUAUAUGCAAAGAAAUGUUGCCGACACCUCUCAAAUCCCAUUACACUUUUAAUCUUCGUGAUCUCAGUAAAGUGUUUCAGGGAAUGCUUAUGGCGAAUCCACAAAAAAUAGAGCAUUUGAACAAGUUAUUAUUACUCUGGUAUCACGAAAAUGUACGAGUGUACAGCGAUCGAUUAAUAAACGAUGAAGACCGAAAUUGGUUCGAUCAUCUCUUGCGAAAUAUGAUGAAAACAGAAUUUGAAUGUGAUCCUAACGAAAUUAUCGGUGAUCAAAUAAUAUUUUUUGGUGAUUUCAUGGGAGUUACCAAAGAAUAUGAAGAAAUAAUCAAUCGCAAAAAAAUGCAAGAAGUAUUAGAAGAAUUUCUCGAAGAUUACAAUGCUGUCUCAAUAAGUCCUAUGAAGCUAGUACUAUUUCAAGAUGCCAUAGAUCACAUAUGUAGAAUAAAUCGAAUUAUACGACAGCCUCGAGGAAAUGCUCUUCUCCUAGGAAUGGGAGGAUCAGGAAGACAAAGCUUGACAAGAUUAGCUGCACAUAUACAAGAUUUCAAUUGCUUUCAAAUAGAAUUAAGUGGUGUCUAUACGGCUCAUGACUGGCAUGAAGAUAUAAAAAAAUCAAUGAUGUAUGCCGGAGUGCAAAAUCAGUUUAUUGUCUUCCUAUUUUCUGAUACACAAAUAAAGGACGAUUCCAUGCUAGAAGAUCUGAAUAGUGUCUUAAACAAUGGUGAUGUUCCCAAUAUCUACAAAGUGGACGAAAUGGAAAAGAUUUAUCACUCUAUGCGUGGAGCAGUACAAGAAGCAGGGUUAGCAAUUAAUAGAAGCAACCUUUUCUCCGCUUACGUGAAGACAGUCCGUAAUAAUUUACACGUCGUUAUUACUAUGAGUCCGAUCGGUGAAGUUUUUCGUGCCCGUAUCAGACAAUUUCCAGCAUUAGUAAAUUGUUCAACAAUUGAUUGGUUUUGUCCAUGGCCAGAAGCUGCUCUUCAAAGUGUUGCAAUGACAUUUCUCAUUGAUAUACAAGACGAGUCGAUUACUGAUGAUGUGUUGCAAUCGAUUGUAAAAAUGUGUCAAUACAUGCAUUCAAGUGUGAUUGAAGCAAGUGAUCUCUAUUUGAAGGAAUUGAAUCGUCAUAAUUAUGUUACGCCCACGUCGUACCUUGAAUUAUUAUCCAGUUACGGUAAUCUCUUAGAAAAAAAGAAAAUGGAAUUAAUGUCAGCAGCACAUCGUCUUACUACAGGUUUGGACAAAUUGGCACACGCGGAAGUAGAAGUAAAGAACAUGCAGCAAUUAUUGGCGGAAAUGAAGCCAAAAUUGGAAAGAGCAGCAGAGGCAACGGCUAGAAUGAUCAAAAGAAUCACUCUCGACACUAUUGAGGCAGAAAAGACGAGGGCAGAGGCGAAGAUACAAGAAAGUUUAGCGGAAAAAAUGAAAGCUGAGAAUCAAGCUAUUAGGGACGAAGCGGAAGCAGAUUUGAGUGAAGCUCGUCCUAUGUUGAUAGCCGCCGAGAAGAGCUUAAAGGCUUUGAAUAGGGGCGAUGUUACCGAGGUAAAAGCGAUGAAAAGGCCUCCUCCCGGUGUGAUCUUAGUUAUCGAAGCAGUUUGUAUUAUAAACAACGUGAAACCGCACAAGGUUGAGGUGACAGGAAAAUUUGGAGAAAGAGAAACAAAAUUGGAUUAUUGGACCCCUGGUAGCCUGUUACUCGCGGAUCCAGGACAAUUUUUGUACUCCAUGGAGAAUUUUGACAAGGAACAACUUACAGAGGAAAUAAUCAAUAAGCUAAAAGUCUAUAUUGAAGACCCUAACUUCCAGCCAGCUAAGAUUGAAUAUGUAUCAAAGGCAUGCCAUUCAUUCUGUCUAUGGGUGCACGCGAUGUACAACUGGUACUUCGUGAAUAAAAAAGUGAAACCAAAGAUGGAAGCGUUGGCAAAGGCCGAGGAAAUACUUCUUGAGACCGAGAGGGCUCUGAGCGCCGCGAUCCAAAGGCUGAGAGAAGUGGAGGAAGGUAUCGCCCUAUUGCGAAAGCAUCUUGAAGAGGAAGAGGAAAGAAAAGCCGAACUUGAGAAGCAAAAGCAGCUUUGCGAGGAUAGAAUGGGAAGAGCUGUCAGACUAAUAGUAGGUCUUGCUGGAGAACAGGUACGUUGGGCCUCGACUGUGGUUGAACUUCGCGAUUCUGUGAAAAACGCCGUUGGUGACAUUCUGCUGGCCUCAGGUGCAAUAGCUUAUUUGACACCGUUUACGGAUAUAUACCGAGAAAGGCUUUUAGAUUCCUGGAAAAAAGUUCUCGGUGAAGGCGUGCCGCAUACGCCAGGCAGCGACCCUGUAUCGACUCUGGGAGAUCAGGUGGAGAUAAGAAAAUGGCAAAUUGAGGGGUUACCUAGAGAUAUGUUAUCCGUGGAAAAUGCCGUCUUGGCAAUGCAUUCGAAACGUUGGCCACUUUUCAUAGACCCCCAAGCACAAGCGAACAAAUGGAUACGUGCUUUAUACAAAGAAGAAGGUAUAUCCAUUGCAAGAAUGACAGAUAAAGAAUUGCUUCGUGUAGUCGAGUCAUGUGUUCGAUUCGGAAGAGCUUGUCUUAUUGAGAAUAUUGGUCUUGAGUUGGAAGCUGGUUUAGAUCCAAUUUUCUUAAGAUCAUUAUUCGAACACGGUGGUCAAUGGUGUGUUAAAGUUGGGGAGGACAUUGUUCCUUAUAAUACAGAUUUCCGUCUUUUCCUCACAACGAGACUCGCAAAUCCUCAUUAUACACCAGAAGUAUGCGUGAAGAUACUAUUGGUUAAUUUUGCGCUCACCUCAACUGGUCUCGAGGAUCAAAUGUUGUCUUUGGUCGCGAUUCAAGAACGACCUGAUCUUGAGCAAGCGAGAAACGCUUUGAUUUUGGCCAAUGCUGAAAUGAAAAAAGAACUAUUGGAAAUUGAAGAUAGAAUUUUAUAUCGAUUGACCGUGUCCGAGGGUUCUGCUGUCGAUGACAUGGAUCUUAUUCUCACCUUAGAGGCAUCCAAAAUUAAAAGUGAAGAAAUCAAGGUAAAAAUGAAAGAAGCCGAGAUCACUCAAGCAGACAUCGACAUGACCAGAUCGCUCUACAUUCCCGUGGCAGUUCAGGGACGAAUUCUAUACUUUUGUCUGUCCGAUCUGCAAUAUAUCGACACUAUGUAUCAGUACUCGCUUGAAUGGUUCGUCGAGAUCUUCAACAAUAGCAUACUUGCAACAGAAAAGAGCGGAGAUAUCCAGGAACGAGUGACCAAUAUCAAUCACAAAUUCAUGUUCUCGUUGUUCUCGAACGUAUGCCGUAGUUUAUUUGAAAAACACAAGCUCCAUUUUGCGUUCCUCGUCUGUGCCAGAAUUCGUAUGAAUGAUGAAUUAAUUGAUGCGAUCGAAUGGAGGCAUCUUUUAUCCGGACCUAUACCCAUAACAGAGGUUCCAAAUCCGGCGCCUGAAUGGAUUACUCCACGUUGUUGGAAGGAGAUCCAGGCACUCGAUGAACUAGAAAAUUUCAAGGAUUUCGUGAAAUUCUUUAUAAGGAAUGUGUCUCAAUUCAAAAAAGUGUUCGAUGAACAAGAAGCGCAUUUAACUCCUUAUCCAGAGCCAUGGCAAUCGAAACUUGAUGAUUUUCAAAAAAUGUUAAUAUUAAAAUGUCUUCGACCCGAUAAAGUGACAAAUGCGAUGCAAUUGUACUUAGCCAAGUAUUUAGGUCAAGAAUUUAUUGAGCCCCAAACUGCAGAAUUGUCAGCAAUUUAUGGUGAAUCUUCUCCAACUACGCCUAUAGUUUUCAUCUUGUCUCCUGGUACAGAUCCUGCAGCAGAAUUAUACAAAUUCGCGGAUAAAUUAAAAAUGACCAUGAAAUUGCAUGCCAUCUCGCUUGGACAGGGUCAAGGACCCAGAGCAGAAGCUAUGUUGAAGUUAUCCGCAGAAGGCGGUUAUUGGUGUUUCUUCCAGAAUUGUCAUUUGGCUCCAAGUUGGAUGCCAGAAUUAGAUUUGUUGGUUGAAGCAUUAACACGGCAAACUAAUCAUCGUGAUUUCCGUUUAUGGCUAACAUCCGCACCAUCCCCUGAUUUUCCUGUCAGUAUUCUUCAAAACAGCAGUAAAAUGACGAUCGAACCUCCCAGAGGAGUAAAAGCAAAUAUGUUUCGUGCGUAUUUAGCUCAAGUAGCAGAAAUGCGUAUCUUCCUUGCAUCCGAACAUCCUAAAGUUCAGCAAUUUAAGUGGUUGGUGUUUUCUUUAUGCUUGUUUCAUUCUGUGUUAUUGGAACGAAGAAAAUUUGGCUCAUUGGGAUUUAACAUAGCGUACGAAUUCACUGAUGGUGAUUUAAGAAUAUGUAUAUCACAGUUGCACAUGUUUCUUUUAGAAUAUGAUGUUAUUCCAUUCAGGGUACUCAUAUACACAGCUGGUCACAUCAAUUAUGGUGGUCGAAUAACAGAUGAUUGGGAUCGUCGAUGUGUGCUAACCAUAUUGAAAGAUUUCUACAGAACAGAAAUUCUAUCACCGACACAUAAAUUUGAUGUAGAAGGGUAUUAUGCUCAAUUAACUGAUGCAACGUUCGAAGAGUAUAUCGAAUAUAUAAAAACCUUUCCACUAAAUGAUGAUCCUGCGUUAUUCGGAAUGCAUCCGAACGCGGAUAUUAGCUUCGCUCAAGCUGAAACAUAUGCAUGUCUGAACACGUUACUCGCUCUUCAGCCACGAGAAGUUGGAAUUGCAGCUGCAAGUAUCGAAGAAGUCACGUUUCAAUUAGCCUCUGAGAUGUUGUCGACAAUGCCUCCUCUCUUUAAUAUAUCUGCUAUACAUCAAAAAUAUCCGGUUUUAUACGAAGAAUCAUUUAAUACCGUACUCAUUCAAGAAGCUAUACGCUAUAAUGGUUUACUGAAUGUGGUAAAGUCGACGCUAGAAGAUCUAUUGAAAGCUUUAAAAGGAUUCGUCGUUAUGUCAGAAUACUUAGAAACUGUAUCGAAGAGUUUGUAUAACAAUAGAAUUCCAACAGUUUGGCAAGAUAAGGGAUAUCCCUCUUUGAAACCUCUUGGUGCUUGGUUUCUGGAUUUGAAAGAUCGAAUUGAAUUUUUAAAAUCUUGGGAAAAUUAUGGAAUACCGGCAGCUUUUUGGAUUUCUGGUUUCUAUUUUCCGCAAGCAUUUUUAACAGGCACUUUACAAAACUUCGCACGAAAAUACGUUGUUUCCAUCGAUGCAAUUGAUUUUAGUUUUCAAGUAAUUUUAACUAAUAAUUAUCUGAUAUUUAAAAGACCGCCAGAUGGUUGCAUUAUUUAUGGUCUUUUUCUCGAAGGGUGCCGAUGGGAUGGAAAUUAUUUGAACGAAUCUUUCCCUAAAGAAUUAUAUACUAAUAUGCCUCCAAUUCUAUUAUUGCCGGAAGUACAUCAUAAAGAACCCGAAGGAAUCUAUGUUUGUCCCGUGUAUAAAACUAUCAACCGAGCAGGAGUGUUAAGUACAACUGGACAUUCGACAAAUUUUGUAUUACCGAUGGAGAUUCCUAGUAAACAACCACAAGCUCAUUGGAUCAAAAGAGGUGUAGCUCUAAUUUGCGCACUGGAUUAUUAACAAUAUUUUGACAU